CCACGCACUCCCCUUCCCUGCGCCGUGCUGAGCUGGAAAAUGGCUGUGUAGGGGAGCAGGGAGUCAUGAACGGGAAAAGAAAGAAAGAGCGAGCGAGAGAAAGAAAGAAAGAAGGCGAAGCCAUACGCGAACAGAAGGUUUGCUAGAAAUCUGUUGCACACCAAGAAGCUAUCGUCCGCAGAUGAGACACCACAGGGACUCUUGUCUGCUACUUUGAAGUGUUUAAAGCGCAGCAGCCAAAAGUGAGAAGAGUCGAGAAAUAUCCGCGGGUUGGUCAUAAUCCUUGUCCAGAACAUGUGGUAACCUGAGAGAACCCGAAGAGGAUUAAAGACCUUCCCACUCCUCCGCCAAUCAGACAACUUGAUUUGACCGUGGAGAGCCAACGACGCAGGGCCCUCGAUUGGCAAAAUCUUUUACCAGGCUGCUCCAAUAGCCACAGCCAGCAGGUUUUCGCUGCUUGAAAGAGCAUGUUGCCAACGCUCUCCCUCUGCUCCAUCAUCUGGCUCAACCGGGGUAUCAAGCUGAGGAAAGUGCACCAGUUCACCAACACCGGUCAGGUCUGAAACCGCUGCCUCUGCAGAUAUAGCAGCCGCAGAACACUACCUUAUCGACUUUUAAAAAAUGCUUCUGAGCUUUGGGUGACUCCCCCUCCUCCCCUCAUCCCCCCCAACCCCCUAAGCCACCGUACCAACACCAACACUAGAGUUUAGUGACUCAACAGCCUUUUUGGUUACUGAGGAGGUUUUCUGUAUAGGCAAACCUCUGUUGUUGCAGUGGGACUCGGGCUGCACCGUCUAAUCCUCUAUUCAGUGGCCAUUUUGAUUUUUGCCUCCCUAACAAAAUGGCGAUGGAAGGUUUUCAAUACCUUGCGCUCUACGCAUUUACCAAGGACCAGGAAGAGGACCUGGACCUGCAGCCUGGGGACCUUCUGACAGUCAGCAAGGCCUCUCUGCUGUCCAUGGAGAACUACCAGGAGGGCUGCGUGGAGCAACCUGAGCGCCUGGGCUGGCUCCUCGGGUACAACGAGCGCACCAAACAGAGAGGCGACUUCCCAGGGACGUUUGUUGAGUAUGUGGGCCCCGUGAAGAUGGCGCUCUCAUCAAGUCAACCCAGAUCCCAGCGACCUCUCCCUGCUGCUCCAAGACCUGAGUCGUCUCAAGCUGUUUCUGUGCCGGACCUGAGCGAGCAGUUCACACCGCCAGAGACGGCUCCUCCAGCCCUUGUCAGCCUGAUCCAAGCCAUAGAGAAAAGAGGUUUGGACUGCAAGAUAUUAUACAGGCCAACUGUUUCCUCAGGUUCAGACAGCCCAGUGUACAGCCUGAGCUCUGAGAGUGAGAUGUGUCAGAAAGAUGUGGGGUACCUAUCGGAGUGUGUCCUGAACUACCUGAGAGACCUCCCGUCCCCCAUCAUCCCUGCCUGUAUCUACACCCACCUUCAAACCGCUGUCACGCUGCAACAACAAGUCCUACAGCAGUCAGCAGAUGGUGCAGCUGCUGGAAGCCAUGACAGAGAGGUAAGCCUGGUCCUGGAGAACUCCACCUCCGUCCCUCUCCAUCAUCGUCUCACCCUGCAGUACCUCCUCACACAUCUGGCCAAAGUCACCCAGGCGCAGGCCAGCCAUGGCCUGGACACACACACACUCGGGAAGAUCUUUGGACCAUUGUUGAUACGGACAGGCCCCUCCACCCCUUGGUUGUCAGUGGAUGAGGAUUUCCCUGCCCUUGUGGUGGAGAGGCUGCUGAUAGAGAGAACUACAGAGCAGGACCUCACUCCUCCAGUCCUUCCAGCAAAGCCAGUCAAGUCGAAAAUGGUACCAUCUGCCAUGACAGACACAAGCAGCCUGCUGAAUGAUGCUGAGUGGUACUGGGGAGAAAUCUCCAGGGAGGAGGUGAAUGAAAAGCUGCGAGACACUCCAGAUGGCACCUUCCUGGUCCGAGAUGCCUCUAGUAAACUGGAGGGCGAGUACACUCUCACCCUCAGGAAAGGGGGGAACAACAAGCUUAUAAAGGUUUACCACCGAGACGGGAGAUAUGGCUUCUCUGAGCCGCUUACCUUCCUGUCUGUAGUGGAGCUCAUCAAUCACUACCGCCAUGAGUCCCUGGCCCAAUACAACGCCAAACUGGACACCAGGCUUCUGUACCCUGUCUCUAAAUACCAACAGUUAGUGAAGGAGAACAGUAUAGAGGAGGUGGGAGAGCAGCUGAAGGUCUAUCACGAGCAGUACCAGGAAAAGAGCCGCGAGUACGACUCUCUGUACGAGGAAUACACACGCACCUCACAGGAGCUGCAGAUGAAACGCACAGCCAUUGAGGCUUUCAAUGAGACCAUCAAGAUCUUCGAGGAGCAGUGUGAGACUCAGGAACGCUACAGCAGGGAGUCCUUGGAGCGAUUCCAACGCGAGGGCAACGAAAAAGAGAUUCAAAAGAUCCAGAGCAACUCGGAGCGUUUGAAGUCUCGUGUGAAGGAGAUCCACGACAGCAAGCGCAAGUUAGAGACAGACCUGAGAAUGCAGGUCUCUGAUAACAGAGAGAUCGACAAGAAGAUGAACAGCCUCAAGCCGGAUCUCAUGCAGCUUCGCAAAAUCAGAGACCAGUACCUAAUAUGGCUGACACAGAAGGGGACAAGGCAGAAGAAGAUCAAUGAAUGGUUGGGCAUAAAGAAUGAUGCUGAUGAUUCCUACUCGCUGGAGGAGGAUGAGGGUUCACCCCACCAUGACGAGUGUACCUGGUAUGUGGGUGACAUCAAACGCACCCAGGCUGAGGAAAUGCUGAGAGGCAAAUGUGAUGGGACCUUCCUCAUCCGUGAGAGCCAAUCACAAAAGGGCUCCUAUGCCUGUUCUGUAGUUGUGGAGGGCGAUACCAAGCACUGCGUCAUCUACAAGACGGCCACAGGUUAUGGAUUCGCUGAACCCUACAAUCUGUACUCAUCCCUCAAAGACCUGGUGCUCCACUACAAAAACGUCUCUUUGGUCCAACACAAUGACCAGCUAAAUGUAAAUCUGGCCUACCCAGUCCUGGCCCGUUCUCAGAACCAGAACCAGAACCAGCACUCAAGAUGAAUUAUCCACCAUCAGUGUACACGCCAACCAGUGUGGCGAAACGGAAUUUCACUCAUAUGCAUUGAGAAAAAAUAAUCCUUUGAACAGUGCUUGUUCUUGUUUAAGUGGCAAAGAGAAAUAGAGUCAAAAUAGAUUCAAAUUCAUACGUUUUGGUGCUAAUCUCCUGCACCAACCCCAGUCCAGCAAAGAGCACUCCUUGCUUCCAGCAUGGUUUCAAAGUAAACACACUACUACCGGUAUUAAAGCACUGUACGGUUAGCCUGGCUAACGCAGUGAGGAGAGUGUUGCAUUAGCCAGCCUUGCCUGUACAGUGUCAGUUUUGGAAAAAAAACUGUGAGAAAUUCACAAGAAAAUAAAGCAAACAAAAUGUGUUUUUCAAGAUCAUGGAGAAGAGGAAAGAAACCAGAUGGAGGGAUGAUGGGAAGAUUUACAGGAGGCACUUUUGUUUUUUGCCUACACACGUAAUAACUGUCCAUAGACAAAGGCCCGAUCUGUCAUCCCCAGACUGCCUGCAAACUCUGUAGACAAAAGCCUGAGCUGUCAUCCACUGAAAGGACUGGCUUGGCUGAAACAGGCUGCUCGCUUCACACCUAAAGGCGGCUGAAAAACCGUGGACCACAGGGUGUAGUCACUGAAGGCGAGAGGGGUGUGGGAGGGAAGUAAAUAGCUGGGGUUCAUGUUUUUAUGGGUUUUGAAAAGAUUGAUUCAAUUUAAAGCUUGCGUACGUGCCAUAGUAAUAGCUUUGAAUGACCACAAGCCUGUGUCACUAGAAGGGGGCAUGUCGAGGUUGAAAGAAGGAAGGAGAGAAUGAAUGGCUGUCGACAUAGACAAAGCUUUAAAAAAAAUACACACAUAUAGGUAUAUUUUCUAUGAAAUUAUCUUUAUUUCCAACUGCUUUGGCUUGUUGCCGUCUCUCUCAGUGGGCCUCCUUUUGAAUUGACGAGGUACAACAUACAGUAAAUACUGUACUGCAGGAUAAAAAUGCAUGGUACAAAUUUGGUAUAUUGUGAAUAUAGAAUUUUAAUCACAAUACACUAGAUGGAGAGGUACAUUGAUAAAUGCAGUUCCACAUGAUUCAGGUUUCCUUGUAAAUGGAAAUUGUGGAAAGCAUUAAGCGUCUAUUUGUUUCAAACUUCUUCCUUCUUUUUUCAUCCUAUUUGAUACUGUAGCAUCUGUAGCCAUUGACUUAGGGCAUAACUGUUAGUUCUCCUCUUACGUGUCUUGUUUCUAUAUGCUGAAGACACUUGCAGAGCAUCAAUCUAUGUGAUUAUUGUAACUUCGGUACUGUAUUUGCCUUGUCUCUAGUUAGAUUAGACUGUUUUAGCGGUACAAUGUCUUUGCAGAUGUUUUGUUUUUUUAAUGCAGAUUUACUUGCGGUACUUUCUUUCUCCCUUUCACACUUCACUGUUCAUUUCAUCACAAGCUUGACUCUGAGAGCUGUAGAACAUUUGAUGUACAAACAAAAGAAAGCAGUAAUAUAACUCAUGUACAGUAUAUUUCAGACACAUGCAGUCAGUGUAUGUGACUACACAGUUUCAUAACUGUGUUUCUUUAUGUUUUCAGAAUAUUUGCUAUGCUCUUAGAUUAUGUUUAAGGAAGCACAGUACCCAGCUAAUGUGAGCCAAAUGAAGGAUGUCUUUUCAUGUAGCAAGAAAGAGAAAAAAAAAAAAAGAACCAGGCCUUUCGCCAUUUAGCAUGGGCUCUGUGGUCUGAGAGAUUAUCUAGUACAGUAUGCAUGGAGUCCUUCAUUUGGAUUGUUGUUUUUCCUGUUUCACUUGGCACCAGUGGUUGAUAAUUCUACUUUUUGUACUGCAAAUACAGUAUGAUGUGUGGUAGUACUAUGCACAACAGAGUCAUAUAUGGAUACUACGUUUUUAGAUUUACACAGACAGUGUUCUGAGAUCAGUCUCCUCCCUCUGUUCUGUGCUGUGGCAGUGGAUUUCUCCCAUUUCCCUCACGUCCAUUUGGCUUGAGGUAGAGAUUGUACCAUCGUGUUUCUAUGUCACCUUCAAAGCACAGUUUGUUUGUGCAGGGUUAUUCAGUAAUGGCUGUGUGGUCGAUUAAAAUGAAAAGAGGUGUCACGGGAUGCCGCUUUUAAAUUUGAUUAACAUAGUUGAUUUCUUGAGAGAAUAAAUGCAAAAAAAAAAUCUCAAAAACUUCUAAUAUGUAGUAGACUCAGAUUGCCAAAAAGAGAAAGAAAAGUAUUUUUGUAGAAAAGCAUAGAAGAGUCAAACGGAAAGUUUUAGAAUAAAAAAAUGCACUGUUUUUAAAGGUUGCACAUUUGGCAUUUUGGAUUUGUUUUAAUUUUUGUUGGAGAGGGAUAGAAAUUGAAGUGAGAUGUUCACCUCCUCUUCUGGUCAUGAAAGUCACAUAUCUAUGUUUCAUCUUAAGACCUAAGCUUCCAACAAACACAUUUGUUUUUACCGCAUAGUAUCAUUUCUGUUUAUGAAAUGUUGAUUCACAAUUUUCAGGUAGCGACAUUUUUCCAAGCAGACAAGUCGCAUUUUCAAAUGAUACCUAACUCGGCCUGAAAAGUUUGAAUCGAGACGUCAUUUUGAUUUCAGUCAGGAUGAAUCAGUAGGUAACGGCGGUGCUUCUGAUUAGAGGGCUAUAAACACAUGUGAGCGAGAAAGAUUAGAAGUGCCUUUAGUCAUUGCGAUGAGCUCGUAUUCUCCUCAUUGUCAUUGGAGCGUCGCUCUACAAGAUCGUGCCACCAAUACCAUUUGCUGUGCCCCGUCGUUCACACAUUUACCAUUUAUCAAAGACAAAAUGGUAUUUUGUGUGUGUGUGUGUGUGUGUGUGUGUGUGUGUCAGCUUGAGCAAAUCUGAGCACAUUCUAGAUUUUAGUUGUGCCUCUUUUGUUACAUCUAUAGUUGUUGCUUUUUCCUUAUUUCUAUGGUGGGGGCUGUACAGUAGCUUGGUGCUCUCUCUCACUGUGCACCAAAGCUAGAUUUCUUUGGUGUGUUUUUUUUUUUUAUUUGUCUGGUAUAUUUUUGAGAAAUCUCAGAUAAGAUAGAAAUGUGAACCGUACACAUCCGUGGCCCAGCCCAGUUGUUUGAAGCUCAUUUGAUAAGCUCUCAAGUUAAUGCAUGCAACAUUUCUCAGUGUUUUAUAUUAAGAGUCAGUUCCUUUGCGAACAGGCAAUCUGGUUGAGUCACCCGCCACUGCUGACACAUCCAUUAUCCAGUUUGUUGGACCAACACUUUUGUGACUGCACUUUUUUUCUGUUCCACACACUCGUGUGUCAACACCCAACAACCAUAAACUCAGACAGUGGUGAAGCUCAGUUGUCAAUAGUGUUUUAGUUGAUAGUUUUAGGGCUUUCCACACAGUAUAUCAGGAGUGAUUGACAGUUUUCUUUAUGAUAUACAGUGUACAGUAUAUGCUUUUAGUAUUUUUGCGGUCAACAGCUGUCAUGUACAGUAAUUCUGAUGCUUUUUGGCUGAUUGCAAUGUUUUCAUUAUAGAGUUAGUUUUACUAUAUGGACUGUGUAAACUGUAAUACCUUUCAAAUCAACUUUAAGGAUGACUCAUUAUGCAAUUUGUGUCCACACAGGAAAAUUGUCCAACUUAACAAGACCAAUAACAUUGUUUUUCCUAAAGGAUCAGUUCACCCAAAUCCCACAUUUAACUAUCAGUGAUAUCGAAACAUGCAGAUUUUGAAAUAUCAAUCUUUUUAAUUUUCCUUGGAACUACUUUCUACUGAAGAAAUAAUCCCUAAGAAAACUCUUCACAGUGAAGUCUUUGGAUUAUCCAGAGUAACCAAAACAUUGUUUCCUGGAAAGACAAACUGCUGUUGAUUAUUUAAUUGAAAGUAAACCUAAAUGCAUGGCUAGGUGUACAUUAAGUCCAAACUUUAGUAAACCAACCAUUUACAAAACCAUGCUAAUGGGUUGCAGCUGGUCUUGUUUCAAAGAAGUUCAUGAACCAGCUGGUUCUUUUCCAUGUAAGCAAUUUGAUCAAUGGUUUUCAGUUGCUUAAAGGAAAGUAGAAAUGUAGAGCUGAACAGCUUCCUGCGUCACUUGUUAAGAUGAACAUUUUUGCAGUAAACACUUUGAUCUGCCAUAUAUGCCAUGUUAAGCACAGAUGUUCAAUAGUUAGAAGCAAUGCAACUUUAGUAGCAAUGAAACCAGGUCAGGCAUUGAAACGGGCAGAAGAUGAAGACUUUAUUGCGUAUUGACUUGGAGUUAAGACUUUUAGCCCACUUUUGGUAGAAGUUGCUCUGAAACGCAAAGCUUUCAUCCUGCUCAUCUAGUAGAUAUGCAUUUGUGUCGGAGCUUCUUGAAAAACAUUUUUCUAUAUGACAAAUUAUCAUUCAAGAAAUAAGAUAUUUUUUCAUCGGCUUUGGUACACUGUAAAUGAUACUAAUUGAAAUGGCCUCACACACAAAGCACAUCUUUCACUGACUACAAAGAAACAUAUAUUAAGGUUUGAAGAAUGAGAGACAUACUAGAGAAUAAAUAUUUUGAAAUAUAUACUUAGAUAUCUAUAUUUUUGAAUGAUGUCAUUCUGAUUUGGAUAGGGCUUGAAACAAAUCAGAACGAGGCUUUGACGUGAACGUGAUCUUCAGACUUCUGCGGGUGCUUCGUAUUGAGCAGUUAUUAAAACGCAAGCAUUUUUACUAUCCGCUUCAUCACGAUCAGCAACCAACAGUUUAACGACAUACAUGUAAUAUCUAUUAAGCAUGAUUAUCAGGUACAGUCAGAGGAAGAAGCAAGCCCAUGUACAUGUGUUAAUAUGUACAGAGCUGAGUCUAUAUGUUAAACGCAGUCUUGGCUGCUUUGCAUUUUAUUAAAUAUUUGAGAGGAUUUUUUUUUUUUUUUUUUUUUCUUGGAACGCAAGUUUUGUCAUUUUUGUCAUUUGGAAGAAUCUGGUUUUUGUGUGUAAACAGAGUGUUAAGGUUCCACCGCAACACCUCCAGUAGGAGGCUGCCGCAGAGAUCCACCGCCGACUGGACGCUGAUGCUGGGACAAAGUGACCAUCUUACAGCUGAUCGUCCUUUGGGAGAUCUCUGUGGUCGCUCAAAGUCAAAGUAAAACCUGGUGACCUGACAGAGUAAAGAGGUACAUGAUCAAACAGUUGGAGAUCACUCCUUCACGCAGAUCUUUGUACAUGGAAGGUGUUCUUUUAUGGUGCCUGAGUAUAUAUUUUUUGUAUUUGGCUUUUUAAAAAAGCUGAUAGAUUUGUCUGUCCAAGUGUUGUUUUUUUGUUUUUUUUUGGUUUGUUCAUAUCUGUUAAUGAUAACCUUACAGAGCCUAUAAAGAAAAAAAUAAGCUAGCUUGAAUUUUUUUUCCUCCGUACAGAAAAAAAGAAAAGAAAAUACAAAUGUUUACAAUAUGUAAUUAACCAAAUAGUAAAAAUGCGUUUGAGAAUCUGUCUGUCCCUCAAAGUGGCAGUGAUAGAUUGAUUUAUAUUUCUUUAUUUCCUCUGUCGUUUUAAACUUGAAAUUGUUUGUUGUUUCGGUUCGUUACUCUUUUUUUUUUCUUCUGACUUAUGAAAACAGUGCUCCCUCAACUUCAAAAUAAUAACUCAACAAGAUUCAUGUUUUCAUAAUACUCAUCAGGCUUUGUCAUUCUUUACCUGCUGACUACUUCACCUUACACUGAGCCGUGUAUAUGCAGGACUGAAUCGUAACUUGAGACGCUGUCGCAUCUUUUGCUGUUUGUAAUAUGUACAGGACCGUAGAUUUCAGCAGGACCCUGCCGGGUGUUUCUCUGGUAAGGACUCAGUUAAAAGAAUUUAUAUGGGGUGACACCCACACGUUGUGAAUAGCAGUAAAAACACGCCACUUGGUGAUCUUGCUUGAGUACAGUUUUAGUACAUAAACAGUUGGAAGUUCAGGAAUUACUAUCAAAAGCUAUCCUAUACAUAUCUUGAUUUUGCACUACAAAAGAAAUAAUACUCAAAGGAAAAUGGUUAACUAAUUUCUAAGACCAAAAUGUACCCACUACAGUCUCAGCUUGUGUGAUUUCCAUAUCAAAUAUGAUGUACAACAACGGCACUUUUCAUUUCCCCUUGUUCUGCCUGUGUUCAGUCUUCUCACACCAUCACUGCUCGGUCUGCUUCAGUUUGACCUGAAAGCGUGCCGUUUGUGUGAUUAUUCUGAUGUGAAUGUUGUAGUGCUUUUCACUGGUGUACAGUAGUUCAUAUUCAAGACCCGACUCUGAACGUUGGAGACCAGAUUGGCAGUGAUCCAUCUGGCAAUGGCCUGGGCAACAUUACAGAGCAGCAACAAUUUAAAAACAUGCAUAUCCACAUUUUUACACUCAUAACAAAGCAACGUCUUGUCUGCUUUGCUUUACCAUGUUGCUCGACAAGUUGCCUGAUGUGUCACUGCCUCAGAAACAGCAGAUACAAGGUUCUUAAUGCGUAGUUAUCAAUGAUGUGGUCUGUUAUUUCUUUCAAAAAACAAUGAAUGGAAUUGAAUGGGGCAGUCAAAUAAAGCUACUCUACACCAAAGUGCAAUUGAACUCAGAGGGAGCACUGUUGUUUCAGCCAGUAGAGGCCUAUUGGCUGACGUGUGCCCAACCCCUAUGCACGAAAUGGUUCUUCUUCUCUUCUGUUGUGUUAUCCUCCCUCUGUUGGUCUGUCUUAAUUCAGAUGUGACAUUUUCUUUCUUUCUCUCUUGUGUACAGCUUGCUUCAGAGUUGUGUUUGUCCUCAGACAGGUACUCUUACAUCUGUACGGUUCUUUCUUUAGGCUGAUGCAAUGAUUUUAAAAGACAAUAAAAGAUAUAUAAAAUGA